CUAUGGCAACACUCCAGCCUUCAGGUCAGCGACGAGUCGCCCGGCCUCGCAGACCAUGUCAUUGCAGCCGUGCCUGUCAUUUAUCGCCCGCCAGAGGUGGGAGUUAUGGCUCCUCCUAUUCGUCUUCUGCGCCUGGCCCUUUGUGGUCUCCCUUCAACGUCCAACACAUCAGUUUGAGACGGUAUUUCCGGCAUGGGACCCCCGUAUCCGGCCGCUUCUCGAGGGCAAAUGCUCAGAGGCCUAUGCCGCCUAUCUCGACCCGACCAACUCGAGCAAUCUGGUAACCUAUCUGUUGAUAGACUGCCUGCUCGAGGAGUUUCCCGAAUACCGCAAGGCUGAGAUAGCCACAGCUGCCCUCGUGCUGGGCUUGACGCCUUUCAUCAUCCAGCAGAUGGGGCCUCGGGUUGCAGAUGUCGGCACUCUGGCGCUGCGCAGACCUGUCCUCGCCUUCCUGAUCGCCGCGAGCUGUCCCAUAGUCUCCGCAGACAUGGCCGGCACGUUCAGCGAUCCGGUUCAACACCUAUCGCGUCAGGCCGUCAAGACCAUGCGGCCACGUCUGCGCUAUAUCAACUUGAAGGACAAGAGGCGGGCCGUGGUCAUCACUAUCGCAGCGACCGAGUAUCUUGCCGCCGUCACGACCUUUGUCAACCUCCAGGUCGUUGCCUGGCAGCUCGCCACUUGGACCGUGUGCAUAUACGCGCCCGCUACCAUCUGGCAGCCUUGGCUCUGGGCCAAUCUGGUCAUCUUGAUACAAGCCGGACACAUGUAUAGUCUCCUGCUGCGGGUGCAAGUGCUCAAGCCUGUCAGUGAGGUCGACAGCGAUGGCCAGUCUCAAACCUCGCAUAGCAGCAGCGGGCAGGGCAGCCUCACGCCGCACCCGCCGAGCAGCAUUGUUCUUUCCCAGAUCCCGCAGACAAGUGCGCCGUCGUCUUCUGUUGGCCUGGCUCACCUUCACAGGUCGUCGCAACGACAGGAUUCUGGCGCAGGACCUGGCAAUGGCCUUUUGGUGGACCAUCUCGAGGCAUCACAGCCGAAGCCACCGACUUUGCCGCCCGCCGUAGCAACAUACUUGCACCGCGAAUUCACGCCCAUGGCGUACGCGGAUCCCGUCAUCCUCCAACACCGCAAGCACGGCUAUCUGUACCUGUUUCUGGGUUAUGCCAUCAGCGUCUCCGCCGCCGCGCACGUGCUGUACGGGACGCUAAUUCUGUCGAGUCUCGUCUUCAUCAGCCUCGCCGACGCGGUGGGUAUAGUGUGGCGCUUUGGCGCGAACACCAUUAUAUGCCGAGUCCUGCUGGGAUAUGAAAUGAUGGCCAUGAGGGAGGCUGUGUCGGGCGUCGUUUCGUCCGACGACGACGAGGACGACGACGGUGUGAGUGGCUGAUCAGGUCAUGUCUAGUGUGUUCCUUCUCUACACAAUGACAUCUGUGACAUAGGCAUGGAGAUGGAGAGGCGCAAAAGGCCAGUGGGCUCGGUUCAGAAUCCCGAGUGGGGGCA